UGAACGUGUGAAUGUGAGUACAGAAGCUCAGUUCCAUCAACCAACUAGGGAAGAUUUAAUGAAAUGGUUCGAAAAAUAUGACAUGAAACAUAAAAAGCGAGGUGUUGCCAACAUCUUCAACAAUGAAAAGUUCAAAGACCCAAAAAAACGUCCAACUCUUUACGGCUCAUCAAAAGACACAGAAGAUUUUAAAGCAUCAUUAUUAAAUCUUGGAUUUCGUGAAGAUGACAUCAAAGUUCAUACAGAUGAAAGUGCCGAUGAGAUACGCAGGGCUUUGAACGAGUUUGAGCAAGAUAAUCCUGAUAUUGAAGGUAAUAUUGACUGCUUUAUUUGUGCCAUUCUGAGCCAUGGUAAGGAAAAUGAUAUCAUAUAUGGAUACGAAGGUGAAGUUGAGCUGGACGAAUUGCUUUCUUACCUGAGACCCGAUCGCUGUCCAUCUCUGAUAGAAAUACCUAAAUUAAUCUUUCUUCAAGCAUGUCGUGGAAGCAAGAUUGAUGUUGGAGUCGAAAGAAACGAUGCCGAGGAAGAAGAAUCUGGAAAAAAGCCCCCGAAAAUUCCAAUCAUGGCAGAUAUGUUGGUUUUCCAUUCGUCAUCAAAUAAAUAUCCGUCAAUGAAGGAUAAAGAUACAGGUUCGUGGUUUAUGCAAACUUUAAGUAGAAUGUUGAUGGAAUACGGCGCAGAAUAUGAAAUUAUGAAACUGUUAGCUGCGGUCUGUAACCAUGUUGCCUCCCUUGAAUUGCAAAUUUCCUUUAAUUUGGAAGGUGAAAGUGUUAAUUCUGACUUUAAACAAAUGCCUCAGAUUAUGACGACAUUGCGCAAAGAACUAAAGUUUGAACCGAGGAGGUAAAACAUUUCAGAUGUGAGAUCCUUAAAGAGAAUCGAAGCUUCUUACGGUGAGAAUUUCUGAUACAUCUCCAUAUUAUACGAAAAGAAUAUAUUUUACAAACACAUAUUUUAGGAACUAAUAUAUCUACAAGGAAGUACACAGUUUUCACGCAUAAUACCUACAGUAUAUAUUGAUAAAUAGAUUAAUAUGAGGUUUUCAGCCAAAAAAAAAUUCCUUAUGUGAUUACAAACUUGAUUUGACUUAAUAAAUAUCCACUAACAUUUUAAGGUGCUUAACUAAAACUAUUUCCUACCACAAAUUUUACUAAGAACACCAGUGAAUUAUAGGUCCAUUCUAAAUUACAAAAUAAUCCUACAUUCUGAAAAUUGAACCAACAUUCUUUUAUAUACAACUAAAUAUGAACAAUAUUAAUAUCUAGGCCAUUUUAUUCAUGUAUUUUCCUAUAUCGCUGGAUUCGUAACAGUUUCUCUGCCAAAGAGAAAUUUUUUAUCUUUCUUCUCUCACUGCAUUAAACUAUCUCAGCACCAUUGCGUUAUAUCUUUUUCAAUUA